AUUGUAAACCAUGGCGCCCUCACUGGAAGAGCCGGUGCAGUCGGUCGACACGGCCGUCGACGAGGCACUGAGCUCCAAGCCAACGCUCAUUGCCGCCGAGCCAGAAAACUGCCCGGGACCCGAAGGCGAGCAAGCAGGCAAAGCAGACGCCUGUGCAGGCUGUCCGAACCAGCAGAUAUGCGCAUCGGCGCCGAAGGGACCUGAUCCGGACAUUCCCAUCAUCACGGAGCGGUUGUCGGGAGUGAAACACAAGAUUCUGAUUCUUUCGGGCAAAGGCGGCGUGGGCAAAUCCACUUUCACCACCAUGCUCGCUCACGCUUUCGCUUCGAAUCCCGACAAUACCGUCGGCGUGAUGGACACCGACAUUUGUGGACCCUCGAUACCUAAAAUGAUGGGUGUCGAAGAUCAGAAGAUCCAUGUCGCGAAUACCGGCUGGGAACCGAUAUGGGUCACCGACAAUCUGGGAGCAAUGUCUAUUCAGUUCAUGCUCCCGAAUAGAGAUGACGCCGUGAUCUGGAGAGGACCAAAGAAGAAUGGACUGAUCAAGCAGUUUUUGAAGGACGUCGAAUGGGGUGAGAUGGACUAUCUGCUUGUCGAUACGCCGCCAGGCACGAGUGACGAACAUCUAUCUGUCAACAGCUAUCUCAAGGAAAGCGGUGUCGAUGGAGCAGUUCUGGUGACCACGCCGCAAGAAGUCUCUCUUCUAGAUGUGAGAAAAGAGAUUGACUUUUGCAGAAAAGCCGGCAUCAAAGUGCUCGGCUUGGUGGAAAAUAUGAGUGGAUUCGUCUGCCCGAAGUGCACGCACCAGUCUGAGAUCUUCAGAGCGACGACUGGAGGUGGCAGAAGAUUGGCAAAGGAGACUGGUGUACCCUUCCUAGGAGCUGUGCCGCUGGACCCUAGAAUUGGCAUGGCGUGCGACUAUGGAGAGAGUUUCUUCGACAACUAUGGUGACUCGCCCGCCUGUAAGGCCUUGAUCGACGUUGUUCGAGGCGUGGCAAAAGAGAUUGGCGAGAAACCCGAAGAUGUGCUACCCGAUGAGUGAACUUAUCGCUGCAGCCACGAUACUCGUGUCGUGGCCCGGCGGCGUUCGCUUCCCUGACUCUACCUCCUUCAUUCAAAUCGACCCAGGCACUUCGGGACACCUAGGUCGCCUAUGCCGGCAUGGAUUUCAGCAAAGCGAUUCCGACUAGCAUGAUGUCCUGCCCAACUGUCCUUUCCUGUGGCACCCGCAGUGGAUUAUAUGAGGACAUAUCUGGCGACCGGGCUGCAGCGCAAAUCUACUUGGCGCUGACUUCUGGUAUGCACCAGAUAGCAAGUCAAAAGAAUUGCUCGCUCGAUUGGUGCGCUGUUUGCUAGAACUACGACCUUCAUUUCCAAGCAAGAGUCCACACAAAAUGCCUAUCCUUUGACAGCCUACGGUGCUAGAAGGCGUCAUCAGCACGACUUGCGCACCCUCCGCUGCAUCUUAUAUGCAGCCAUCACGGCUAUACACGACUGAUUAUUCAUAGAAGACUUCAUUGCAAGCAUACUUGCUCAUUUUCGAUCCCGCGUCAACCACAGUCCUCUUCUCAUCGACGCCUGUGUGAGCACAAAUCUAUGUGCCUGGCUAAGAGGCCCUCUCCCCCCUUCCCCUGCAGGAUUACUAGAAUACACCCGCCAUACCAUAGAGUCUUUCACUGAUCAACCUGGAUGACUUCUCUUUGUUGUAAUCCGCCACCUCCAUCCGAGAAUAGUGUUCGAGACCGCCCUCGUGCGGCUAGGCUUUGUUCCACAGUGCUCGACAAUCUGCUUUCGAACGUAAAUCACUGGCCACCUCUUCAGGGAAUUGACAAUACAAUCUCC